CUCCCGGUGCAGCCUCCUGUAUAUUGGUGUGACCUGACGUAGAUUGGGAGACCGCCUCACUGAGCACCUAUACUCCAUCUGCCAGAAAAAGUGGGAUCUCCCUGUUCCCAUCCAUUUUACUUCCACUUCCCACUCCCAUUCUGACAUGUUAAGCCAUGGCGUCCUCCAUUGUCAUAAUUAGGCUACACUUAGAUAAGAGGAACAACACUUUAUAAUCCAUCUGUGUGGCCUCCAACCUGAUGGCAUGAACAUCGAUUUCUCUACCUUCCUGUAUUUCCCUGCCCCCUUUCAUCAUUCCCAAUUCCCCUUUCCCUUCUCACCUUAUCUCCUUACCUACCUAUCACCUCCCUCUGGUGCUCUUCCCCCUCUUCUUUCUUCCAUGGCCUUCUAUCAUGUCAAUAGACAAGUCCUGUUACAUUCCCCCUUCUCCAGCCCUGUAUAGGUUUCAUCAAACAACUUCCCAGCUCUUUAUUUCACACACUCUCCCUCCCCCCAGUUACACCUAUCAUCUUGUGUGUCUUCCAGCCCUAACCCCAACUUUUAUCUUUGAUUCCUCAUCUUUUUUCUUCACUCCUGAUGAAAGAUCUCAGCCCAAAACAUCCAUUGUAAUCUGUUCCAUAGUUGCGGCCUGGUCGUCUUUGGAGGAGAAGUCCUGACCGGGUCUCUGUGAAUAAAAUGCUGCUGACUUUGCUUGUUUUGAUUGAUUUCCUCCCCUGUGAUUGACAGACAGGACUGGACAUUUGCAUAAUCAAUGUUGGUUUGAGGAAUGUUCACUCUUUCCACAACAGUGCUUGAAUACCUGUCGACACUAAAGAUGUCGGAAACUGGAGUUCGGAAUACACUCCUGGAGGAAUUGAACAGGUCAAACACCAUCUGUCAAGGGGAGGGGAAAUGUCAAUAGUUUGGAUCAAAACCCUGCAUCAUGUGAGUGGAGAAUGAGAUAAAGUAGAAAGGAGUGGAAGAGGUGUGAGACUGGGUCCAUUAGGUGGUUAGGGACUGAGGAGAGGUGAAGCACAACAUCCAGAUGGAAUGGGGAAGAAAGAGAGUGGAGUUUGGAGGUGUGUAAGAGGUUGAAACAGAUCAGGAGAAAAGGGGAGAAAUGCAGCUGAGGGAAGAAUACAUCCAGCUGGAGAAAUCCCCUUCAGUGGAUUCAUCAGGUCUACCAUUGCUGGAAUCUGAUCUUCCUCCACCAUGUUCAAAAAUAUUUGUUUGCCUUGUGUUAUUCUUUUCUCCUCAAAUCUCCUCAGUUUCAGAUGCAUUGUGGGCAGAGGAAUCUGUAAGAGGAGUUGUGGGAAGAGCGAUCACAAUCGAUUGUCACUAUGAAACACAUUACCACUCACAGGCAAAGUACUGGUGCCAUGGACGGACUCGUCAAUGUUCAGUUUUAGUGGAAACAAAAGGGCAACACGGACGGAGUGGACGAGUGUCAAUCACAGAUAAACAGAACCUGAGCAAGAGAAAAUUUACUGUUACUAUGGUGGAUCUUCACUCCGGAGAUACAGGAUGGUACAGCUGUGGAAUUACAACACCAGGGAACGAUCCGAUGUUUAAUGUUCAUCUACAAGUAUCUGAUGAACCCGUGUCCGUUCCUGUGCUUCGAUAUCUGUCACCAGCAAAGGUCUCGCGUCUCGGGGGCUCAGUGUCAGUUUCCUGUGAGUCCCUCCAGGGAUCCCUUCCCAUUCAGUACAGCUGGCAUGAACAAACCUCAUCUGGGUAUCGAAAGGUAUCAGGCACCAAUGAACUGGCUCUGCAUUGUCAAUCAUUCAACCAGCAGCACCAUCAAUAUUACUGCAGAGCCUCAAAUCGGCUUGGAGCAAAAUCCAGUGGAAUGGUUAAUGUGACAGUCUUCAACAACAGAGAGAUCUGCAGUUAUGUGACAGAAAUCAAUGGCACCAUUUCAGGUGCUUUAUGGGCAGAAGAUAAAGUAAGAGGAGUUGUGGGAAGAGCGGUCACAAUCGAUUGUCACUAUGCACUAAUGUACCGUUCACACACAAAGUACUGGUACCCAACGUCGGAUCACCAAUGGACAUUGUCAGUGAAUGCAAAUGGGCAAAAUGAGCUUCAUGGAAGAAUGACAAUCAGAGAUAACACAUCCCUGGGAAUAUUUACUGUUACUAUGGAGAAUCCUGUCCCUCAAGAUUCUGGAACUUACAGAUGUGGAAUUACAACAUCAGGCAAUGAUCCAACCUUUGAGAUAGUUGUAGACCUUUCUAGCGAACCCCCAUCUGUUCCUUUGGUUCGAUUUUCACCAUCAACAAGUGGCUUAAGUUGUGGGGACUGCAUGUCUGUGUCCUGCGAGUCUGUCCAUGGAUCCCUUCCCAUUCAGUACUCAUGGUAUGAAAAGACGCCAUCUGGGGAUUCAAAGAUCUCUGACACCAACAAACUGGAUCUACAUUGUCAAUCCUUAAAAUACAAAAAAUAUCUGUAUUAUUGCAAAGCCUCAAAUAAUCAAGGAGAAAAGUCCAGUCAAAUGGUCAACAUGUCCAUCUCCAACAGUGUCAGCACCUGCAGAAAUGUGACUGAAGUCAACAGCACGGAGCCAAUUCAUUUCUCUGAAAAUACUGUGACAGAAACUAUGACAACUGCAAAAGGAGAACAAUCUUCAUCAAAUAAAAUGCUCAUUUACAUAAUUGUGCUCAGUAUCAUUGGGAUUCUUCUCAUAUUAUUUGUCGUUUGUCUGCUUUGCUACCUGAAGAGAAAAAAACAGGGACGCGUAAUUGUGAGCAGUAAUGUUGUAUUUUCGAGAAAUGAAGCCCAAAACUUCUCACAGAAAAGACAACAAUGAAACCCAGAAAAUGGCCACGUUAGAAGAAAAUGUUUAUACAGAUCUACACCAUAUUCGAAACAAACAGACAGCUGCCCAGUCGGCAAAAAAUGAAACUGGAAUUGUGUAUGCAGGUGUGAAAUAUAAAAGGAAAUCAACAACAGUCCACUCCGUUACUGAUGUGGACAACGUCACCUACACAGAUAACAAAUUUCAAACCCAUCGUGCAAAGCCCAAACGGAAAGCUUUCUCUCCUGCUACUCCACAGGACGAGGAAUAAUCUUGGCAAAGUAAUUAUGCGGCUAGAUCGAGGCAUAAGAAUUACGUUCUUCAUUUGUUUCACCUGCUCGUCAAUGAAAAUAUCUGAUCAGCCAAUCAUGUAACAACUCAAUGCAUAAAAGCAUGUAAAUAUGAACAAGAGGUUCAAUUGACAGUAAGUUAAAUUACCAUUCAUUACAACAGUAGUUGCAGAAGAACACCUCUCAAUGCACAACACGCUGACACGCAUGCAUUGAGUUUCUGCAGCAUAAUUGAUCAGGUAUUCAUUCUGAUGAGCAGGUACACAGAUGUACUGAAUAAAGUAGCCACUAAGUGUAACUCUUCUGCCUUAAUCUAUCCACAUAAUUACUUUGUCAAGCUUAUUCUGAUCUGCCACAAACCUUUUUCCACAAACCUUUUCAAGAAACAGAGUAGAGAUAGCCCAGGAAAUUGUAAACCAGGGAGUCUUACCUCAGUGGUUGGUAAGUUGAUGUAGAAGAUCCUGAGAGGCAGGAUUUAUGAACAUUUGGAAAGGCAUAAUAUGAUUAGGAAUAGUCAGCAUGGCUUUGACAGGGGCAAGUCCUGAUUGAAUAUUUUGAGGAUGUAACUAAACACAUUGAUGAAGGAAGAGCGGUAGUUGUAGUUUAUAUGGAUUUCAGCAAGGCAUAUGAUAAGGUACCCAAUGCAAGGCUUAUUGAGAAAGUAAGGAGGCAUGGGAUCCAAGGGGACCUUGCUUGGUGGAUCCAGAGCUGGAUUGCCCACAGAAGGCAAAGAGUGGUUGUAGACGGGUCAUAUUCAUACUCUUCGUGUGAAGAGGAGCAUUUCGCUGGGCUGGGCACAUUAGCAGUGGACCAAUUAAUUCAAAGAAAGAGAGAUAAAUCUUUGCACAGAUCAAGGAGGAAAGUUUAAAAAAGGAGUGUCUCACGAGAUUAGUGCAUUAGAAUACUGGAUAUGACUGUGAGACCCGUUUUCUGUUUUGGGUGUCGGCUGUGGGAUGUCCGUGAGACUUCCCGCCUCCCUGAUGGCCACAUCAGCACCAUUGAGCUGCAGCACCUUGGGGACCGAGUUAGGGACUGGAGCUGCAGGUCAAUGACCUUCGACUUGUAAGGGAGAGAGAAGAACCGAUUGACAGGAGCUAUAAGCAGGUAGUCACCCCAGGGCCACAGGAGACAAAUAAGUGGGUGACCUUCAGUAGAGGGAAGGGAGGGUAUCAGGUAGUGGACAGCACUACUGUGGCUGUCCACGUUUUUGAGUGCUUUUGGUGGGAGCAACCUACCUGAGAAAGCAACAGUGGCCGUGCCUCUGGCACUGAGUCUGGCCUUGUGGCUCAGAAGGGUAGGGAACAAAAGAGGAGGUCAGCGGUAACAGGGGACUCUAUGGUUAGGGGACAGAUAGGCAACUCUGUGGACAUAAAAAAGAAACAAGGAUGGUAGUUUGCCUCCCAGGUGUCAGGGUUCGUGAUGUUUUGGACUGCGUCCACAAUAUGCUGAAAUAGGAGGGUGAGAAGCCAGAGGCCGUGGUACAUAUUGGUACCAACGACAUGGGUAGAAAAAGGGUGGAGGUCCUGAAAGCAGAAUACAGUGAGUUAGGAAGGAAGCUGAGAAGCAGGACCUCAAAGGUAGUGAUCUCGGGAUUGCUGCCUGUACCACACGACAGUGAGUAUAGGAAUCAAAUGAGGUGGAGGAUAAAUGUAUGGGAGAAAGAUUGGACGGAGGGCAGGGAUUCAGAUUUUUGGAUCACCGGGACCUUUUCUAUGGCAGGUGUAACCCGUACAAAAUGGAUGGGUUGCACCUGAAUUUGAGGAUGGGGAGGUUAGAGCAGUUUGUAGGGAGUUUGUGACGAAGGAUAGGCAGAUGUUAGAGCAAAGAUGCACUCAGCCUGAUGGAUUGAGAUGAGUCUGUUUUAAUGCAAGCAGUAUUAUAAACAAGUCGGAUAAACUUAGAACGUGGAUCGAUACGUUGAACCGUGAUGUUGUGGCCAUUAUAUAGACGUGGUUGUCUCAGGAGCAGGAUUGGCUGCUGAGUGUGCCGGGCUUUAGAUGUUUCAAAAAGAACAGAAAGAGAGGCAAAAGAGGUUGGGGAUGUGACGUUGCUCAUAAGGGGAAGUGUCACAGCUGCAGAAAAGGGGGAAGUCAUUGAGGGAUGGUCUACUGAGUCAGUGUGGGUAGAAGUCAGAAACAGGAAAGGGGCAAUAACACUACUGGGUGUUUUUAAAAGACCCUCCAAUAGUAACAGUGACAUUGAGGAGCAGAUAGGGAGGCAGAUUCUGGAAUGCUGGUCAACAUGAGAGGAUACAGAGUAGAUGUCGGGGUAAGUUUUUAUGCAGAGAGUGCUGAAUGCAUGGAAUGGGCUGCAAGCAAAGGAAGUGGAGGCGGAUAUGAUAGGAGCUUUUAAGAGACUCCUGGAUAGGGACAUGGAGCUUAGGAAAAUAGAGGACUAUGGGUAAUUCUAAGUAAUUUCUAAAGAAUACAUGUUCAGCACAGCAUUGUGGGCCAAACAGCCUGUACUGUGCUGUACAUUUUCUAUCUUUUCUAAUAAUGAUAGGGUUGUUGUGACAGGAAAUUUUAACUUUCCUAAUAUUGACUGGCAUCUCCUUAUUGCAAGGGGUUUAGAUGAGGUGGAGUUUGUAAGGUGUGUUCAGGGAAGUUUUCCUGUCACAAUGUGGAGAUAAACCAACUAGAGGAGAGGCUAUACUUGAUCUUGUAUUGGGAAAUGAACCUGGUAAAGUGUCAGAUCUCUCGAUGCAAGAGUAUUUUGGAGAUAAUGACACACAACUCUAUCUCCUUCACCAUAGUGCUGGAGAGGUAUAGGAGCAGACAACUUGGGAAAACAUUUAAUUGGGGAUGGGGGAAAUAUGAUGCUAUUAGGCAAAAACAAGGGAGCAGAUGUUCUCAGAGAAAUGCACAGUAGAAAUGUGGCAAAUGUUCAGGUCACAUUUGCAUGGCGUUCUGCAUAGGUAUGUUCCAUUGAGGUAGGGAAAGGAUGGUAGAGUUCAAGAACCAUGGUGUACAAAGUAUGUAGAAAAUCUAGCUAAGAAGAAAAGAAAAGCUUACGGAAGUUUCAAGAAACUAGGUACUGUUAGAGGUCUGGAAAGUUACAAGGUUGCUAGGAAGGAGCUGAAGAAUGGAAUUGGGAGAGCCAGAAGUGGCCAUGAAAAGGCCUUGGUGAGCAGGAUCAAGGAAAAUCCCAACACAUUCUACAAGUAUGUGAAGAGCAUGAGAAUGAGCCAUGUGAGAAUAGCACCAAUCAGGUGCAAUAGUGGAAAGGUGUGCAUGGAGUCAAAGGAAGUAGCAGAGAUACUUAAUGACUACUUUGCCUCAGUAAAAGGACCUUGCCAAUUGUUGGGAUGACUUUCAGUGGACUGAAAUGCUUACAAUUAUAGACAUUCAGAAAGGGGAUGUGCUGGAGCUUUUGAAAAGCAUUAACUUAUGUAAGUGUGGUGAACUACGUGCCUGUCGGGACACGCCUCUGCUGACUGCUCCUGUGGCUCCUCCCACAGGCCUCUGUAUAAAGGAGAUCUGCGGCCUGACGCUCGGCCUCACUCUCCAAGACAUUGUAUGAUAGACACUCACUCCUGGUCCGACUGGUAGCAAUGCCCCUAGCUAGCAAGUACUGGCGCAGCUCCUCACUCAUAAAGGAGGACCCUCUAUCAGUAAGUCACCAGCACCAAAUGAGCGAGAGAGGAGAUUGCUGAGCCCCUUGCAAUGAUCGUUUCAUCAUCAACAGGGACAGGAGAAGUACUAGAGGAUUGGAGGGUUGCAAAUAUUGAUCCCUAGUUCAGAAAGGGAGUAGAGAUAACCCAGGAAAUUAUAGGCCAGUGAGUCUGACUUCAGUGGUGGGCAAGUUGUUGGAGAAGGUCCUGAGAGGCAGGAUUUAUGAGCAUUUGGAAAGACAUAAUCAGAUUAGGGAUAGUUAGAAAGACUUUGUCAAGGGCAGGUUGUAUCUUAUGAGCCUGAUUGAAUUCUAUGCGGAUGUAACAAAACACAUUGAUGAGGGUAGAGCAGUGGAUGUAGUGUAUGUGGAUUUCAGUAAGACAUUUGAUAAGGUUCCCCAUGCAUGGUUCCUUCAGAAAGUAAUGAGACAUGGGAUCCAAGGAGACCUUGCUUUGUGGAUCCAGAAUUGGCUUGUCCACAGAAGGCAAAGGGUGUUUGUUAAUGGUUCGUAUUCUGCAUGGAGGGCGGUGACUAGUGGUGUUCCACAGGGAUCUGUUCUGGAACCCCUCCACUUUGUGAUAUUUAUAAAUGGCCUGAUGAAGAAGUAGAAGGGUGGGUUAGCAAGUUUGCUGAUGACACAAAGGUUGGGAGUUGUUGUGGAUAGUCUGGAGGGUUGUCUGAGGUGUUACAGUGGGACAUCGAUAGGAUGCAGAACUGGGCUGAGAAGUGGCAGCUGGACUCCAACCCAGAUAAGUGUGAAGUGAUUCAGUUUGGUAGGUCCAAUUUGAAGACAGAAUAUAAUAUUAAUGUUAAGAAUCUUGGCAAUGCGGAAUAUCUGAAAGAUCUUAGGGUCCAUGUCGAUAGGACACUCAAAGUUGCUGCACAGCUUAACAGUGUUGUUUAGAAGGCAUAUGAUGUGUCAUCAUUUGUCAAUUGUGGGAUUGAGUUCAAGAGCUGUGAGGUAAUGUAACAGCUAUAUAAGACCUUGGUCAGACCCAUCUUGGAGUACUGUGUUCAGUUCUGGUCACCUCACUACAGGAAGGAUGUGGAUAUAAUAGAGAGAGUGCAGAGGGGAUUUACAAGGAUGUUGCCUGGAUUGGAGAGUGUGCCAAAAUGAGAGUAAGUUGAGUGAACUUGGCCUUCUCCUUGCAGCGACAGUGGACGAGAAGUGACCUGAUAGAGGUGUAUAAGCUGAUGCGGGAAGUUGAUCAUGUGGAUAGUCAGAGGCUUUUUCCCAGGGCUGAACUGGCUAACAUGAGGAGGCAUAGUUUUAAAGUGCUUGGAAAUAGAUACCGAGGGGUAAGUUUUUCGACGCAGAGAGUGGUGGGUGCGUGGACUGCAUUGCUUGCGACGAUGGUGGAAGCAGAUACAAUAUGGUCUGUUCAGAGCCUCUUAGAUAGGUUUAUGGAGCUUAGAAAAAUAGAGGACUGUGCAUUUCUAGGCAGUUUCCAGUGAAGGUUACAUUGACAGCACAACAUUGUGGGCCAAAGGACCUGUAAUGUGCUGUAAACUUCUAUAUCUGUGUUCUAUAUUAAUCAUAAUUUUUUCAGGUAUUUAAAUAUUAGCUGAGUGAUUAUCAUGUUCCAAUUGUGUUGAGCACUGAUAAGACAUUUGUUGAGGUCUGGUUCUUCCCACCAAAGGAAGGAUACACUUACAAUGGACUGAGUACAGCAAAGUUUUCCUGGAAAGAUUCUGUUAAUUCUGAGUUUGUUAUUUAAUGAGAGAUUGCUGUAUGAGGCUGACUGAAAAUCUACUUUCUCACCUUUAGAGGCCAUUUCAGUGAACCAAAAAUAUUCAACAUAGUUCAUAUAAGGGUAUAACACAGGGCCUCACCUUGCCUGUGCUGACCAUUAUUCCAAUCUAUCUAACCUAUCUGCCUGCACGUGUUCUUACCUGUCCAUGUGUCUGUUUAAAUACCUUUUCAAUUUUGCUAUUGUAUCUGCUUCCACCACAUACCUUCGUAAACCAUUUCAGGCACUAUUUAUACUCCAUGUGUAUUGAAAAAAAUUGUCUUUCUCAUCCCCUUUAAAGUUUCUACUGCUCACAUUAAAUCCUUUGGUAUUUUAUACUUCUACCCUGCGAGCUAUGACUAUCUCCCCUGUCUAUGCCUUUCAUAAUUUUACACUCUUCUAAUAGAUCGUCCCUCAGGCUCUGAUACUCCAACUUUGUUCAAGUUCUCCACAUAGUUUUUACACUGUAAUCCAGGCCAAACCAUGGUUAGCCUCUACUGCACAAUCUCUGAAUCCUCCACAUUCUUUCUAUAGUGUAAAGACCAAGUCUACUCCAAAUGUUGUUAAAGUUUUAUACAGUUGCAACAUGACUUGACAACUUUCCUACUAAAUGCUGGCAGGCAUGCCAUACACUGCCUUCACUGCCCUGUUCAGCUGUUUUUUUCACUUUUGGGAGCUGUGGACUUCCAUGUCACGAUCCCAUUGUAAAUCAGUGCUCCAAAUGGUCCUGCCAGUUAUGUCAUGACCUUAUCUUGCAUUUGAUCUCCCAAAAUACAACGCUUCAUGCUUGUGUGAUUUGAAGUCUAUCUGUCUUUUCUCUGUCCAAAGUCUUAGCUGAUUUAUAUCCUGCUGUAUCCAUCGACCACAUUCCUCACUUUCCACAAUUCCUACAAUUUUGGUUUGUCUACCAAAGCACCUAUAUUCUCAUGCAAAUAACUUGUACCUAUUACAAGUGUCGGAGCUCCAUUGGUCGCAGGCCUCCAGUCAGAUAAUCACCCCUCCAGCACUGGUCUCAGUAGUCUAUCAACAUGCCAACUUUGUUUCUAACUUAGAAACUCACUAUGGAUCCUGUGUUACUUAAAUUUCUGGACCAUGUCAUAUCCUUUACAAAAGAUCCUACUACAACAUCCACUGCACUGCCCUCAUUAAUCAUUUUCUUCACUGCCGUGGAUUAUUCUGGAGUUAUGAAAUUAUAGAGAUAAUUGGCAUUAAUUAUACAUGGGAACAAAGCUUCCUCAAAUGAAAUGUAAUCCACUGAUUGUCUGAGGGUUUUGAAACCAAUCACUGAGUGUGGGAUAUUCUGAUUCUAAAGCAACACACACAAAAUGCUGGAGGAACUCAGUAGGUCAAGCAGCAUCCAUGGGAGUGAACCAAUAGUUGACAUUUUGGGCCCCGACCCUUCAUCAGGACUGGAAAUAAGGGGGAAGGCGGGGGAAGGAGAAGGAGCAUAGCAGGAAGGUGAUAGGUGAAACCAGGGGGGGGGUUGGAAAAAUAAAGGGCUGGAGAAGAAGGAAUGUGUUAGGAGAGGUUCCCAAUUAACUACUUUUCCUAUAGGUCCUGAUAGAAAUUUAAUGGAUGAUCUUUUAAAUUUAAAACCUUUUGUUAAUGGUUCUAUUACCGGUAUCUAUAACUUGUUGAUUGAUUCUAGACCAGACUUUUUAGAUAAAAUAAAAAAAACUUGGGAGGAUGACCUUAAUUGUCAGAUUUCUGAUGAAAGGUGGAAUAAAAUUCUUAAACGGGUUAAUAAAUCAUCUUUCUGUGCCCGUCAUUCUCUUCUGCAAUUUAAAGUGGUUGAUAGAGCUUACAUUUCUAAACAGAAGCUGUCCAGUUUUUAUCCAAACGUAUCUCCACUUUGUAAUAAAUGCAACUCUGCUGAUGCCUCUUUAAUUCAUAUGUUUUGGUUUUGCCCUAAAAUUGAAAAGUUUUGUGGUGGCGGGAAGUAUUCCAUACCUUCUCUCAACUUUUUAGAGUCCAAUUUGACCCAAAUCCCCUUACUGCCUUGUUUGGUAUUAUUGCAAAUGAAGAUAUAACUUUAAAUACUCCGAACCUACAGGUUUUAGUUUUUACCUCUCUUUUAGCAAGGAGAGUAAUGUUGCUUAAAUGGAAGGAGUCUACCCCUCCUACACAUCUUCAAUGGCUACGUGAUAUUAUGUCUUAUUUAAAUUUAGAGAAGAUCCGCUGCUCAGUCUUAAAUUCUAAACAAUCUUUUUAUGAUAUCUGGGGAACUUUCCUAAAUUAGUUUUCCAAUUUAUAAAGUUUAACAGUGCACAGACUUUUAUGUAUAUUUCUAUCUUCUCUUCUUAAGUGAAUAUGUUUUUUUUCUAAUUAUCCAUUAUCAUCCAUCAGCUUUUUUCUUUGGUAGUUGGUAGGGGGUUGACUUUUUAUAUAAAAAAAUUAUUUUAUGAUGUAUGACCUAUCUUUAAAUUUUUGAUUAGAGUGGUAUACCUUUAUGUGAUAUGCUAUAACAUUUUGAUCAAUUUUAUGACAAUAUCUGAAUGUAAACAAUUUAUGUUGAGAUGUAUCUAUGUGUUGCACUCUGUAAAUCUUGUUUUUUUCUUCUGAAUAAAAAUAUUGUAAAAAGAAAGGAGAGCUGAGUGGACCAUAGGAGAGAGGGAAGGAGGAGGGGACCAAGGGGUGUUGAUAGGCAGGUGAGUAGAGGUAAAAGACCAGAGUAGGGAAUAGAAAAAGAGGGCAAUGCGAGGGAUGUUUUUCUGAGUGGGAAUUAGAAAUUGAUAUUCAUGCCAUCAGGUUGGAGACCACCCAAACAGAAUAUAAGGUGUUGCUUCUCCGUACUGAGCCUUGAAACAUCUGAUUCUAUACACCCCAGGUGAGACAAUAGAUGAAUUGUGCUAAAAGAAGACAUGAGGUUUCUUUGGCAGUCAAGGUGAAGGAUAACCCUAAGAGCUUCUACAGGUAAAUUAAGAGCAAAAGGAUAGUAAGGGAUAAAAUUGGUCCUCUUGAAGAUCAGAGUGGUCAGCUCUGUAUGGAACCAAAAGAAAUGGGGGAGACCUUAAAUGGGUUUUUUGCAUCUGUAUUUUCUAAGGAAACUGGCAAGGAGUCUAUGGAAAUAAGGUAAACAAGUAGUGAGGUCAUGGAACCUAUACAGAUUAAAGAGGAGGAGGUGCUUGCUGUCUUGAGGCAAAUCAGAGUAGAUAAAUCCCCAGGACCUGACAGAAUAUUCCCUCAGACCUUGAAGGAGACUAGUGUUGAAAUUCCAGGGGCCCUGGCAGAUGUAUUUAAAAUGUCGAUAUCCACGGGUGAGGUGCUGGAUGAUUGGAGGAUAGCUCAUGUUGUUCCGUUGUUUAAAAAAGGUUGUAAAAGUAAUCAGGGAAAUUAUAGGCUGGUAAGUUUGACUUCAGUGGUAAGUAAAUUAUUGAAAGGAGUUCCAAGAAAUUGGAUCUACAAGUAUUUGGAUAGACAGGGACUAAUUAGGGAGAAUGAACAUGGCUUUGUGUGUGGUAGGUCAUGUUUAACCAAUCUAUCAGAGUUUUUCGAGGAAGUUACCAGGAAAGUGGAUGUUGUCUACAUGGACUUCAGUGAGGCCUUUGACAAGGUCCCGCAUAGCAGGUUAGUUAGGAAGAUUCAGUUGCUAGGAAUACAUUGUGAGGUAUUAAAUUGGAUUAGACUUUGGCUCAAUGGAAGAAGCCAGAGAGUGGUAGUGGAGGAUUGCUUCUCUGAGUGAAGGCCUAUGACUAGUGGUGUGCCACAGCGAUCAGUGCUGGGUCCAUUGUUAUUUGUCUUCUAUAUCAUUGAUCUGGAUGAUAAUGUGGUAAAUCAGAUCAGCAAAUUUGCUGAUGAUACAAAGAUUGGAGGUAUUGUGGACAGUGAAGAAGGUUUUCAAAGCUUGCAGAGGGACUUGGAUCAGCUGACAAAGGGCUGACAAAUGGCAGAUGGAGUUUAAUGCAGACAAGUGUGAAGUAUUGCACUUCGGAAGGACAAACCAAGGUAGAACAUAAAAGGUAAAUGGUAGGACACUGAGGAGUGCAGUAGAACAGAGGGAUCUGGGAAUACAGAUACAUAAUUCCCUCAAAGUGGCAUCACAGGUAGAUAGGUUGUAAAGAGAGCUUUUGGCACAUUGGCUUUUAUAAAUCAAAGUAUUGAGUAUAAGAGUUGGAAUGUUAUGGUGAGGUUGUAUAAGACAUUGGCAAGGCUGAAUUUGGAGUGUUGCAAGCAGUUUUGGUUACCUAAUAACAGAAAGGAUAUUAAUAAGGUUGGAAGAGUGCAGAGAAGGUUUACAAGGAUGUUGCCAGUACUUGAGAAAUUGAGUUACAGAGAAAAGUUGAAUAGGUUAGGACUUUAUUCCCUGGAGUGUAGAAGUAUGACGGGAGAUUUGAUAGAUGUAUAUAAAAUUAUGAUGGGUAUAGAUAGAGUGAAUGCAAGCAGGCUUUUUCCACUGACGCUUGGGGAGAAAAAAAAAACAGAGGACAUGGGUUACGUGUGAAAGGGGAGAAGUUUAAAGGGAACAUUAUGGGGAGCUUCUUCACACAGAGGGUAGCGGGAGUGUGGAAUGAGCUGCCAGUUGAAGUGGUGAGUGCAGGCUCACUUUUAACAUUUAAGAAAAUCUUGGACAGUUACAUGGAUGAGAGGGUAUGGAGGGAUAUGGUCUAGGUGCAGGUCAGUGGGACUAGGCAGAAAAAUGGUUCAGCACAGCCAGGAAGCUCCAAAAGGCCUGUUUCUGUGCUGUAAUGUUCUACGGUUCUAUGGUGAUAUUAAAUGGCACUUAAUGACUCAGAAGCUCUUGGAGAAACCACCAGUACAUUAACAUUCACAUGUGCCAUUCAUUUCUGAUGUGCUUCCAUUAUAAAUUUGCAAUUCUUCAAAAAUUGCCUGUCAAUUUUCAAAAUGAAAGUUAAGUGUUAAGUAACAACAGCUAUUAAAAUGCAGUGAAUCAUAUAUUGUUGUCUUUUUACUUACAAAGUAUAAAAUAUCACUGUACUGUUGUGUGUGUGUGGAGAGAGCAGAAACAGAUUUUCUCGAACUGCUGUGUUGAAUAAAGUUCUUUGUAUCUCACACGUUUGGUGUCCAUGUGGCUCAGUUCAGCACUCACAACAAUCUUGUAGAGUUACAGACUACUACAGCAUGGAUGAAGGCCUUUUGGCCCAGUUUGUCCAUGCUGACCACAGGGCCCCCCCACCAGGUCCAGAUGCUUUCUGUGGGUUCAGUCUCGAGACUUAUAGGAGGUCUGCAAUGAUGACUGUAGGUUCAGGAGCACUGUCAGGGG